CGGCGCUGAACGCGGUCGACACCAGUGCAGUGCGAGCAGUGAUCAUGUGAGGAUGCGUUGGUUGUUGAUCCUGGCAGCCGCAGCCGUGCUGGUCAACGCAGGGCCCAGGAGGUGCGCCGGCAGACUUGCUCGGGAGCGCCUUAAGGCCGCCGAGAAGAUCAGGGACAAGCGGUUCUUUCUGCUGUGCUGUGGAGGAGCUUGCGAGUCGCAGAGGAGACCCCGGCCCAUCCUCACCACGAGGAAGUACCAGCCCUACCACAAGACGUGGUACGGACUGAAGCAUGGCUGCAACUGCUCCCGGAGCGGCGCGGAGAGCAACGUGUGUGACAUCCGGAGCGGGCAGUGUCGCUGCAAACCCCACGUCACCGGACGCGCAUGUGAUACUUGCGCGGAAGGGUACUGGGGUCUGGAGCGAGGACAGUGUCGGCGGUGCGAGUGCGGUGCCGGUACGGCGGCAUGCGACCCAGUGUCCGGGCUGUGCGCAUGCGCAGCCGGCGUCACGGGCGCGCGCUGCGAUCGCUGCCUUCCCGGCUAUUAUGGCUUUGGACCCACCGGCUGUCUACCGUGCCCCGCGUGUAGGGACGGCAAGGUUUGCUCGGUGACGACGGGGCGCUGUGUGUGUCCGGGGCGAAGUCGAGGGCCUGGCUGCUCCCUGUGCUCGCGGGGCUACUGGGGCCAUGGAGCAAGCUGCAGGCCCUGCUCCUGUGGACCGGGAGCCACAACCGAAAGCUGUGAUAUGAAGAGCGGUGAAUGCGAUUGUCGGGAAGGUUGGACUGGCCCCGCCUGUGACCGCUGCGAGCGAGGAUACUUCGGACCUCGAUGUAGACCAUGCAGGUGCUUCCCUGCUGGCACUAGGUGCAGCGAAGGAGUCUGUGAAUGCGAUGAGAAUGGACGGUGUCCUUGCAAGGAUAACGUGGUGGGAGACAAGUGCGACUCAUGUCUGGAGGGCACGUUUGGUCUGUCGGACACCAACCCUGUUGGUUGCACGGCCUGCUUCUGCUUCGGGCGCAGUGCCAAGUGCACCCAGGCUGACGUGGUGAGGGCAGCCCUGCAUGCCGCCGCGCCACUACACCUGCUCCUGCUGCGAGGAGAUAUCAGACAAAUGGAACAAGAAUCCUUCCUCGCGGUCCAUACCAAGCACCGGGACGUGACCAUAUCAGUACCGUGGCCACCAGUACCCGUAUACGCAGAGCUGGGUGAGGUGUUCCUAGGAGACCGCGUCAUGUCGUACGGAGGUGCGCUGAGGUUCCGGGUUGAGCAGGAGGGAGGAGAACCUCUUCCUCAGCAGGUUCUGGCGAAGUUCCCACUCGUGAGCUUGCAUGGAGGCUCCUUGGUGCUAGACUAUUAUGAGCGUGCGGCUCCAGUGAGGGGCAUGCACGCGGUCUUCCUCCACGAGUCCCUGUGGGAAGUUCGCGGCCGGGGGGCGCUGCCCUCCCGGGGUGCCCUAAUGUUGGUGCUGCAGCAGCUACGACAUGUGUUCGUGAGGGUCUCCACCAGGCAGCCCACAUACGAGGACCCAUUGCAUGUGCUAUUACUCAACGUAUCGUUGGAGACAGCAGUUGCUGGGUUGUCCCGUGGUGCACCAGCUCCAGGAGUAGAAAUGUGCGAGUGCCGGAUUGGUUUCGGAGCUGGAUCCUGCCAGAGACCCGCGCCAGGCUUCUGGCUGCCACCGACUCCGCCGCAGAUAGAGCACAACAGAGGAACCAUACUGAUCAACCUCGUUAGUGAACCCAAGAGGUGCGAGUGUAAUAACCGAGCGACGGUGUGCCAUCCAACCACUGGAGAUUGUAUGAACUGUACAUCGAACACGAGUGGGCCCCACUGCGAGCGUUGUGCUAACGGGUACUACGGCGUGCCGGACGAGGGCUGUCAGCCUUGUCCCUGCCCCGCACCGCACCGCAACCGGGCCGUGUCCUGCGCACCCGCACACAACCGAGUUUUGUGCAAAUGUCAACCAGGUUACUCGGGCAUUAGCUGCGAGUCCUGUGCGGUGGGGUGGGUCCUCGGUGAGAGCGGCGAGUGUGAGCCAUGUACGUGUGACCGGCGCGGCGCACUCUCUGACACUUGCGACGCACGCGCCCGCUGCAAUUGCCGCCCAUACGUCAUCGGCGAUAAAUGUGACACGUGCGAUCUUAAACGACACUUUCUAGAUAUAGAUGGAUGUAGACCUUGUGACAAUUGUACUCAAACCUUACUGGACUCAAUCGAAGCAUUGACCUCAGAGCUUCAUAGACGAUCUGAUAUUACUGAGUUAACUCGGAUUCCACAACCAUUUCCUGCUUUACGAGAGCUAGGAAAUAAAUCUAUACUUCAUAAAACGACCCUGCAUAAUUUUAGAACUGAUUUAGAAAAAUCUAGAACACUCGAACAAGCGAUCAAACAUUUAGAAGAAAUCGAGCACAUAGUGUUCACAUCAGCGAAUAAUUUGAAAACAGAAGCUGCUAAACGUGAGAAAGAAGCAGGUUAUAUUAGUUUGGAAAGUAUGAGUGGUUUGGAAGAUGUUUUAAAGCAGCGAAGGUUAAUAGGUGAACAAGUGGCUGGAUUGGAUGAUUUUGCGAGAGGUGAGAAACAUUUGAGUGCACACAGAGCUCUAAAGGAAGCAAGACAUUUGCUGAAGAAAAUCAAGGAUAUCAGAUUGCAUGAUUUUAUCGCCGGAGCAAAUGAUGUUUCAGAUUCGGUAAACCUUCAAUCAACAUCCGUGCAUGAAUAUGCAUAUAGAAUAGACGAUGUACACAGGCGGCUACGUAAGAUGCAAUCACUGCUAGAUGGAUGGGAAGUAAAAAUGGAGGAUUUUUCACAACUUGCGGAAGCGGUGUGGAGUAAUAGUGAUGCAGUCGUCGAGGUGCGAAGACGCGUCUUACCGAAGAUGAUGCACAUCAAAGAUAUAGGCAUGAAAUGCAGGGAUAUGUUAGAAGAUAUAGCCAAUCAGUCGGUACACAACCUUACAACAGGAGCUUACACCAGUGUAGAGGAGAUCAAACAUUUGGUUGCGAAUCUACCACGCUUGGCGCAAGAGUUGCAGAACUUGACCAGUGCUGCCGAAGAAAAGGAGGGCAUACUAUACAGCCUCGUACCAACUUACAAAGAGAAAUACUUGGAAUCGGUAAAGAAACACGUCGCUCUAUUGGGGAAGAAGGCGAAAGAGUACAAGAAUUUAUUCGCCGGCACCCGUGCGGCGGCGUCGCUCGGCGUACAAGCUGCGGGCGCGUGGUCGGAGGUCGCUCAAGCGGUAGCGGAGGCGGGCGCAGAAGCGGACGACGCGGCCCGUGCCACCGCAGCCGCAGGCCAGAUAGCCAGAGGAGAGCAGCCGCUUGUUAGUGUAGCUCGCAUGCACAGAGCUGUGGCUGAGCAACUAAAGGAAAAAGGAACUCGUUUGCUAGCCAAAGCUGAAGAGUUGGAUCACUCUGUGGAGACGGCGAGCCACAGCCUGGAUUCCGUGAGCGUGGGGCUUCGUGCGUUGGGCUGGCGUGAGAGGUCGCUUGCCUCGGGCGCUUCGGGCGCAGCCGCGGGCCUAAGUGGUAGUGCGGGCGGAGCGUUAGUUUCCCUGCGGAGUGCAAGCGCACAAGCGGAGCGAGUUUUCGGCGUGUCGCGUGCGCUUUACGACGAGGCGGGCGAAUUACGACGCCGCGUGCGCUACAACUUGCGCCGCAACCUAGCAGCGCUACAACGACUCGGCGACACUGCACUCGGAGCAGCGCAGGAGCAUGUUUCCCAAAUCCGCGGCAACACGCUCCGCGGCGUAGAGGUGUCGGAAUCAUUGCGUGCGGCGGCGGCGGCGCGUGCGCGAGAACACGAGCGAGCGGCCGCCUCGUUAGAACCAGCCUUGCGAGCUCUGCGCGACCGUGUGCAGCGGGCUUUACACGCUGCUAGCACGGUGACGGUCAGUGUGCGGUCGCCGGCGCAGACCGCAGGUGCGGGCGCCGGCUGCACACGAGCGUACUCCACGUGGAGCUCGCCGAGCGUGACGCGCGUGUCACUCGCACUCAGCUUCGACAACCACGUGAGCGAUGGAACGCUCGUCUUCAUCAAGGACCAGGAAGCAGGCGAACGGUACAUGCGUCUGUCUGUGGUGAACCGUCGACUGAGGUUGACGUGGAACGUGGGCGGUGACGAUGGAGUCUUGGUACACCCUGAGCCCAUGCAGCCCACGAUCGAUGAUGCUGACCACACCGCAUACACCAUAGAAAUUGAGAGGGUGUGGAAUAAGGUGCGUCUUCGCGUAGAGCGUUCUGGCAGCGGUGCCAUAGCAUCUACGAACACAAGCAGUGCGGGUGGCGAACCGGAGAGCGGGGCGGUGAGUGGAGCGGCUAGCGGAGCGCUCCGCAGUUCAGUGUUGUGGCUCGGAGAGACGGCCGCGCCGCUGCCCGCGUGUGUGCACGCCCUUAAGUCAGACGCAGUUGCGGUCGGUCUCUGGGCGUUCCACAAGCAGCCGUCAACUGCUAAGUGCAUCGGGUGUACUCACAGAAGAAUAAGUCAACCUCGCGGGUCAAAUGGUCUCGUGCAGUUCAGUGGCUCCGGGUACGCCGAGGUGCGGCGCUCUGGGUUCCGUCCCGCUGACAGAAGACGGUUCACUCUCUCCUUUACCUUCCGGACUAAGGACCACAACGCAUUACUAUUCUUUGCUGUAGAUAAGGCUAAUAACCGGUCAGUGAGUGUGUGGAUGCGUGCGUGCCGCAUUGUGUUCGCGGUACAAUACGGCUCGGGUCCGCGACGGGCGCAGUUGCAGAUCGCGUCGAGCAGCGCGCACUGCGACGGAGCGCCGGCGCACGUACAGGCCACCAGGGUCUUUAACGGCUUGGAAAGAGGCAGUCUGCGCGUGAACGGAGAGGAGACGCUGGGGUCGCCGUCGCCCCCCGUACAGGACGCGGCCCUGCUGCCUGACCUGCAGCACGCCCCCUACUGGGUGGGGGGCGCACCCCCGGGGGGAGACCCGCCCGGGGGGGACCUCUCUGGAGGAGCGCUGCUCGGCUGUCUGGGCGCACUCACAGUCGACCGAGAAGGGUACGAUCUACUUGACACGCCGACGAGACACGGCGUUGAACCGGGAUGCAUUGAUAAGACAUUACGGUCGGCGAUCUUCGAAGGUGAAGGCUACAUCGAGCUGGUAUCUCCGACGUUACGGCGUAAAAGUUCAUUGGGGAUGUCGUUUAGAACGCGUGCGCCGGCCGGUCUGUUGCUGUACAGGUGCUCAGUGAGGAGUUCUAAUGAGGUCGACCGUGAUGGAGACGAUGAACACUAUCUGAUGAUAUCUAUAGUGAGGGGUGAGCUGGAGGUGGUGGUGUCAGGCGGCAAGGGAGAAGUCCGCGUGCACAACAUAACCAGAGUGGAUGAUGGACGCCUGCACACCGUACGGUUGACACGCGCACACAAACGGCUAGAGGUGUGGCUGGACGAGAGAUGGAUAGGCGGGGGCGAGCUGCGUGGAGGAUACGGGGGCAAGUCAAGCGUACUGUACGUGGGGGGAGCACCUGCCCUACGCCGGGCGAAUGACCCGCGCAUCCCCGCAAAUACUUUUAUCGGGACAGUCGCAGACCUUAUUGUUGAUUCGACAUUGGUAGGUCUUGAAAGCGGGACGGUGUGGGGAGCAGUUCGCGUGGGACGCGCCGAGGGUGAAGCUCCUGAAGAUCCGGCUCCGGAGCACCAGGCUGAUUCGGCCCAGCAGUGUUCUAAGAUGUCGUCCUACACAGUGGAGGCUGGUGCAGUAAAGUUCGGUGAUUUGCCCGGCAGCUACGCCUCACUCAAGAUGCCGCGGCAGGGGGCGAAGCCCGAGUUCACGCUCACGAUGCAGCUCAGAACAUUUGCUACCGAGGGACUCUUGUUCUACAUACCGGGGUCGAAGUUGAAACCGAAGCAUUUUACGGCCCUGUCACUACACGAGGGUAAGGCGCGACUGGUGGUGCGCGGGCGCAAGAAGAAGGAAGUCACUCUGGGGACACCUAUCGCUGAUGGCACCUGGAGAUCUGUGACAGUUCGCAUAUCCCGAAACCGCAUGGUGGUGUCAAGUGCGGGGUCUGCGGUGACAGGCCGCGCGCCCCCGCACUCCCGCGCCGCACGUAUCUACAUCGGCGGAUUGCCUACAACAUCACAUGCGCUUCCCGACGUCCCGAAUGCGGUGACACGAAUAGCGGGGUACCGCGGCUGCGUGCGCCACGUGGCGGUGUGCGGACGCAGCGAGGACCUCGUGCGGAACGCGCGCGACCACGACAAACUUGGCCAGUGCUUCCCUGCCGUCGAACGAGGGGCAUAUUUCUCCGGUGAUGCUUAUGCAGUGUGGUCCAAUAAGUGGUGGAACGAGGAUUCGGAGGCGACAGAGGUGCGGCUGCAGUUCAGGUCGUUUGCGGCCAACGGGAUUCUACUGUCGGGUGGAGGAGCCACGCUCGAACUGAAGAAUGGCGUGGUGACACUGAGCGUCGGCGGAGUACACGUGGAGAGCCGCGGUGCGAACGGCGAUGGAGGACGAGCGGCGUGCGACGGAGCGUGGCACACGGUGGCGGCGCGACUGUCCACACGCGCGCUCGUGUUGGUGGUGGACGACGCGGCGCCCGAGCGAGUGGACACCGCGCCGCUCGUCGAAGAUGACACCCCGCCUGCCACGCCGCUCUACAUCGGGGGACUGCCUGAGGGCGCUGCGGAGGCGACGGAGAACCGCGAAAACUUCAAAGGCUGCAUUCGAGACGUGUCGGUGGGCGGGUCACAGCGUGACUGGUCCGCGCUCGGCUCGUUGCAUCACGUCUUGCUGGAUUCAUGUCCGACCUCAUAAUACCACUCACACAAUUACUGCUAAUUCAACAACCCCCUGGCCUUUUUGACAUUUAUCUACUCAUAAAGUAUGAAAAAAGAACAAAUGAAAUGAAAAAUCACAUUGUUAUUCAGUUCGGUGAUCAAUAACUGAUAUAUUCAGUGGCAUAAAACAAAACAGUGCCUUAAAAUAACGAUGACAAAUGUUUGGGUAAAUUUGGAACACAAUAUAAAAUAAAUAAAACAGUUUUGAAGUACCUACGGCUAACGCUGAUUGGUAGUUGGAUUUUAUUUGCGCAUAUCCCCUGCGCCAUCGCAUCUCCAACGCGCAGACGACAACAGUUUAGACCCCUGCGCAUUCAAGAUGCAUACCGGAGCCUAUAAUCAUAAGUCGGUAUUCGAGAUAUAUAUUAUUCUCUAGACGAUAUUUGUAAUCUGGUGGAUUACGCGUUCGAACCCACUUUCGAAUAUAUUUUUUUUUUAUAACUGUCCGUAAAAGAGGCAAUAAACAUGAUAGUGUUUAUUAAAACGACUUAUGGUAUACGGCCCUAACUUAAUGGCAUUUAACGACUUACUAAUUAUAAUAAUUAAUUACAUUAUGUAUUACUGUAUUGAUUAUAAAAUGUAAAUUAUUCAACUAUUUAAGACUCUUAGGAUAUUGUACUGGCUGUAUAAAUUACAAUAAGUUAUGGAAUAAGGUAACAAUGAUAAGAAAGAUUAAACUUACUUUUAUUUAUAAUGUAUAUCAUAAAAAAGUUUAAAGGUGUUUUUGUUUAAAUCUAAGGACACAGGUUAAUAAUUUCAUCUCAAACUGUAAUGUAUUCAAUCUAUGGUGUUACUAAUUAUAAAUUCACUAAAUGUAAACACUUUUUUGUGUCGAAGAAACUCGAUGUAACCCCUAGCAGUUUCAGUGGGUUAGUAUCCUUCAACUGUUUUGUUGUGACUGAUGUCAUAAACAUGUUAAGUCGGGUCCACAUUAUAACGAACAACGGUCAAUGUCAAAGCUGUAGAAAGACAGAUAAAUAUGUGCAAAGAGGAUGUUACUAUACUAGAAUACUACGUAAUAAAAGGCAGGACUGCCUAAGUAAAAAUUGAAAUUUAGUUACGUGCAGUCAUUUGACAUAAGUUUGAAAUAGUAGUAAUUACAGUAUGGCGAUUGGCGACGAAGUAUAAUCCGGCUAAGUUUGAAAUCGAACACUUGCUUAAAAUGCAGUGGAUUUUGGUUAUCUCCGUUUCUUACAAGAUUAAAGCCGUCAUCUGUCAAAAUAUCAAUGACUGCACGUUGCAUACAAUCGAGUGAAUCGUUUUUUUUAGCGUUUGGCUAGGCUGAAUAUAUGUAGCAAGGUGAGGGAAAGAGAAGGAAGACUAUAUAAGAUAGACUUAGAAUAUCGUAACCUAACAGCCCGAUAAUGUGUGGCCAAUUUUGAUUUGUCACUGUGUGCGUUAGUUAGUGGUGUUAUAUUCAUAAUACUAAAUAGCUAAUGCCAACAUAAACUUAGUAUACUAACGUAAUAGACAAACACACUCCUCAUUACGGCGAGACUAAAUUUAAAAUGUUCAUGUGUGCUAGUUUUACAGAUGUGUUAGUAAGUUAGUGAAGUGUGUAGUAUUUUGCUUUUAGAUAACCCCUAUGACAAAUAUUGAUAAACGGCGCCAUAUUCACGUACACAAUAUUGUAUUUUCAUAUAUAUUACGUACCUACAUAAAAUGUAAUGUACAACACAAUCGACAACAGAACACCAUUAUAUUUUUUAAUUAAGAUCCGUUAAAACAUAGAACAAUUUCGAUAAAAAAGAACUAAAAUAAAUAAUGUGGUCCAAUUUGACAGGACAUAAUAAACACUAAAUUGUUUGAAAACGGUUUCAUGGUCUUCAUCUAUUCCAUCUCUUUCUCACACCUAGGUUUUUGUGUAAGGACACUUAUCUCACUUUCACACAGGGUUCGUCGGUAGUAUGCUAAGUUUAUGGAAUUAUACAACAGUCUUCCAUAAAAAAAUUUAGAUGUCGCUGUCAUGAGAAUCAAUUUAAACGCCUUAAGAUGUCUGGACGACCUUAAACAUAUUUACAUUUCAUUUAUUGAUUUAUCGUGAUAUCCAAUAAAGAUAUUCAUUGAAAACAGUAUUCUGAUAGCCUGGUUGCAUUUAAAUUAUGGCAUUUAAGAGGCUAUUAUCAAUUAUAGGUAUAGAAAGGUUAUUAUUUUAUUACAUUAUUAUUACUUAAGUAUACUUGUUAUAAAUUUUGGUGGUAAGAGAGAUGUUAAGAAUCGCCAAAAAUUUAUUAUAGGAGUGAUUAAGUCCUUUAUUACAAUACCUACCGAACAUUAUUUUAUAGCCAGUAAAUUUGCUACUAUGUCAACAGUCAAACAAAAACUUAUUGUAAAAAAUUAAAUGGAAGCAAAUGUUUUCAGUGCGCAACAAAGAGGAUGUAAAUACUACGCAAUAAGAGGCGAGACUGCCUAAGUAAAAAUUGAAAUUUAGUUUAGUAUGAAACGUGCAGUCAUUUAUAUGUUUGAAAUAAUAAUUACAAUAUGGCGACGAAGUAUAAUCCUGCUAAGUUUGAAAGCGAACAGUUGCUUAAAACGUAGUGGAUUUCGGCUAUCUCCGUUUUUUCAAGACUAGCCGUCAACUGUCAAAUCUAUCAAUGACUGCACGUUUCAUACAACCGAGUGAAGAAGUCAAAAGGAAUUUUGAAUAGAGCAACCACACAACUAGUAAAAUUUUAUUGUUUAUAGAAUAACUAUUUGAUUAUUUUUACGCGUGUGUAUGUGCUUUAAAUAUUAUACUUGUGCCAAAACAAUUGUUUCUUGAAUGCGAUUUUAAUUGAAUGUAUUGUAAGCAAGCGCCCGUAACAUUUUGAGUUCAUUUUAUUCUAAUCGGCUGAAAAAAAAAUUACGUUUGUUUAAAUAAUACACCGAUAUGUAUUGUAGACUUAUUACAACUAAAGCAUUUGUUAUUCCUGCCAUUAUCUAGUUCGGUAUUUUAUACUUAUUCACUUUAGAAUACAGCCUGUUUCCAAGUAGAAGUUAGAUCUUAACUAAGGAUUUGUAUUAUAUACUUAUAAUUAGGGAUCAGCUUUAAUAGAUAAAUAUGUCACAAACAACAGUGUUCAGUAAUAUAAUUUUUGUAAAUAUUAUGCCGCUUGUAAAUAAGAUAUUUAUUGUAGGAUUCCGAAAUAAAACGCUGUUUGUCAAUAAAAA